AUGAAUUCUUAUUUGCUGAAUAGAUCCCAAGGAUCUAUCAGCCCUUCCACUUUUCAUGUGGCCCAAAACUCCCACCUCGUCCGUUCCAUAGAACCAGCACCAGGCAUCAGGUUUUCCAGCGGCUUUACAGCUGCAGCAAGUGGUGGGAUAUAUGAUGAAAAUGACGGGGUUUGGGCUCAUAAGUCUGGUGUUAAUGUGGUGACAAUCGAUCAUUAUGAAAAGCGGUUUAUGGUUUCUGGUGGCGUCGAUGCCUCCAUCCAUCUGUGGGAUUUGGAGACUCGUGGAUCUGAAUCAAACUAUCUUCAUAAGUCCAUUGCUUCGGUGACUAAGUCAACAAAUCCAUCAGCACAUACACAUGCGUUAACUUCUAUUUCGAUAUAUCCCUUCGAUCCGACUCCGUCGACUAUAUUAACUACUUCUCAUGACACUACAUUAAAGCUAUCUUCACUUCAACCCCCCAGCAUCCUUCCGGUCCAUACAUUUUCGCUUCACUCUACACCAUACUCACACUCGUUUUCGUCACAUCCAUCAUCGCUUCUUUUAAUUGCAGUAGGAACCUCAGAUAAAGCUGUAAGAUUACUAGAUCUUCGCUCUGGACUUGCCACCCACGCGCUGCCAGGACAUACUUCGGCCGUUCUAUCGGUUUCUUGGGCCCCACAUCACGAAUUUUUGCUCUCAUCAGCUUCAAAAGACAAUCGUGUCAUCCUCUUUGAUGUCCGGCGGGGGGGCCGUAAUUGUGCCUUAUCUUCGCUUGAUAUGGAAGAUGCAGUGGGCGUGAUAGCCCCGCACGAUGCCCCUCCUUCGCUAACCAUCCGUAAACCGUUUAUGCCUGACGCCCGUGCGCACAAUGGGACGGUAACAGGUGUUCGAUGGACUUCAAGUGGCAGCCAUAUCGUCACUUCAGGACAUGACAACCGAAUUCGAGUCUGGGAUGCUUCCACAGGCGCGAACUCCCUAGUGCAUUUUGGCCCGCGUGUUCGCAAUAGUUCCUCCCUACGUCUUGCCGAACGAGCGCCUCUUGUUUUACCUGAAGGUGUCAUGGAUGCAGCGCACGAAGCGCUUUUCUGGCCAAAUUUUAGUGACCAGGACGACAAAGGGGAGAUCUUAAUGUUCGAACUUCAUAGUGGCGCCUUUCUCAAACGCCUCAAACUUCCCGGAGUACCAACAUCACGACAACAACUCCGAGGAAAAGCCACCGCACUUACUGCUGCACGAAUAAACGAUCUGGUAUGGCGCGGGAACGGAUCAUCCGGCGAGGGAAUGGAGUUGUUUUCUGCUCAUGGAGACGGGACGAUUAGGGCUUGGGCUUCAAGGACCUCGGAUGGGGAAUCGGAUAUUACCGAAGGCGAUGAUGAAACAGAGGACAGGAAGCGGAAAAGGGAUGUACUUGAUGAAAUUUACCGUGGCUUGAUGAACCAAAAUGUCACUUUCACUUGA